AUGCACAAGCCCUCCGCCUCCCUCGCCGACGCGCUGCUCUGCCCUCCGCCCAAGUUCGGGCAGGUCGAGCCGAGCGUCUUCCGCGCCGCCUUUCCCCGCUCCGAAAGCCUCGCCCACCUCCGGCUGCUCGGCCUGCGGACCACCCUCAACCUAUCGCGAGAGCUGCCGGCGCAGGACGUCCUCGCGUGGUUCGAGGCGCAGGGCGUCCGCGUCGCCCACCUCGGCAUCGCCGUGUGGACGCACCCGUCGGUGGCGCCAAUCUCUGCCGAGCUGGUCAACGCCGCGCUCAGCGCCGUGCUCGACCGGGAGCAGCACCCGCUGCUGCUGCUCUCGGCCUCGGGGACGCACGAGGUCGGCACGAUCGUCGGCUGCCUGCGCCGGCUCCAGCAGUGGAGCCUCAGUGGAGCCAUCGACGAGUACCGCUCCUUUGCCGCUCCCACGCCGCGGCUGUCGUGCGAGCAGUUCAUCGAG